AUGAUCCCGUCACGGGUCCUUCGCGCGAAGGAGACCCGCUCGGGUCUAUCCCGUCCUUCGCGCGAGGAGACCCGCUCGCGUCGCUCAGAGACCCGUUCUCCUCGCCUUCGGAGUCCGGGUACAUUCGCCCCAGUCUCCUUCGUGCCGGCCACCCAGAGCCUGAGGUUCGGUCCGGGGUACACUGUGUCUGUGAGCCCCGCAACCAACCCGCCUUCGCUGGCCGUUGUCGACUGGAAAGGCGCGCCUGUCGCGCUCACUUAUAACGCGGACGGAUCCGCCACUGUGGCCGGGUACACCGCGUACCAAAACGGCACCGUCACCGGUCCGGGCGGCCUUUCCAUCUACCUUCAAAGUUCCAGCACUGAUCCAUUGUUCUCGGUUGGAACAACAACUGUCCUGAAGAACGGAACGAUUGUGGACGGUUCAGGAAGGAAGCUAGUGCCGACGAGAAACCCUAACGGAGACGGGUCGUACACUGCAGGGGACCUGACUGGGUGGCCUAACGGCUUCAUCAUUGGCAGCUGUGGCGCCGUGAUCUACGCCGGCGCGCCGCUCACCGUCACAGCGGACGGCAGCGUUGCUUUCGCGCCGCGGGCUGCUUAUCCCGUGCCUGGCGCCGCCAUCUCGGCAAACCCCGCCACCCGCAGCCUGUUUUUCGGCGGCUACACGGUGCUGUUGAGCGGCACAGGGCCGAUUUUUGGCACUGGGCCUUGCAAUAAACUCUCCCUUCUAGAUUCCACUGGCCAGCCUGUCACCACCACCACCAACCCCGACGGGUCCCGCUCUCUUGGCGACUACACGCUUUACAAGAACGGCACCAUCGCUGCUCCGGGCGGCCGCAUUGCGAUCGACACUGCUGGGCCCAACGCGGGGCUGCGUGUGGGAAGAACGACGGUUCUGGUAAACGGAACGGUUCUGGAUGGUUCGGGAGCAAAAAUCACGCCGACGGGGCCGAAUGGGGACGGGUCGUACAGUGCAGGGGACGUGAAAGGGUGGGCUAACGGUACUAUUAUUGACACCAACUCUGGUGUGGUGCUGUAUGCUGGGGCGCCGCUUGCUCUCACAGCUGAUGGCAGGGUCACUUUGGCUUCUCCUUCCCUUCCCACUGCUGUUCCUUCGGCUGGUGUCGCUGUUUCCUCUGCUGGUGCCACUUUUCCUCCUGCUGAUGCCGCUGCUCCUACUGCUGGUGCCACUUCUCCCCCUGCUGCCUCAACUCUUGCCGCUGCUCCUCCCCCUCCCAAGACUGCCGGUGAGUUGUUUCUCCCAUGCUUCUCCUAUGCUUCUCCCAUUCUUCUCCUAUGCUUCUCCUAUGCUUCUCCCAUGCUUCUCCUAUGCUUCUCCUAUGCUUCUCCUAUGCUUCUCCUAUGCUUCUCCUAUGCUUCUCCUAUGCUUCUCCUAUGCUUCUCCUUUGCUUCUCCUAUGCUUCUCCUAUGCUUCUCCCAUGCUUCUCCUAUGAUUCUCCUAUGCUUCUCCUAUGCUUCUCCUAUGCUUCUCCCAUGCUUCUCCUAUGCUUCUCCUAUGCUUCUCCUAUGA